AUGUUGGUUUAUCAAAAUGUUCAAGACAUACAUCGACGGGCAUCAAAUAUUCAUUCAAUAUUUGCCGUGCAACUUGAAUAUUCACUAUUUAGUUUAGAUAUUGAAAAACCAACAAUUGAUGUUUUGAAAACUUGUCAAGAACUUGGAAUAGCCAUUGCUUGCUAUUCACCGUUAGGUUGUGGAAUGUUAACUAGACAAAUCAGGAGUUCUGAUGAUUUCGACGCAAAUAAUGCUCAUGAAGUAUUUUCAAGAUUUUCGAAAGAUAAUUUUUCCAAAAAAUCUUCGCAUAAUAGAACUCUUGAGUCGAAUUGUACAACGGGCCAAUUAACAUUAGCUUGGAUACUUGCAUAA